AUGCUCACCAACUCAGGCUUCACCCAAUCGAAACUCCAAAUCCAAGUGGGGGACGAACUCGAAGCACCGCCUUGGCAAGAGCUUCCACGUUCAGAUGUGGACGCCUCAUCUAUUGCAAAGGUACGAAGGGCGCGCCUGACUGGUACGUGGUCAUCCACUCCAGCAGCAUACUCGAGGGUUUCGAGCUCGCGAAGCCGUCAGAUGGACUUAUUCCACUGGGGUGUAGAGGCGAAGUUCCGCGAGGGCGGCGGCAGAGGCGGCACCAUGGUCCUGCGUACAUUUAAAAACAAUCAUCUUACCCUCGAUGAGCUGGUCACAAAGCAACAACUCGUCCCGGACGGUGUGUACGUGAAGGUGUUGGCAAGCCUCUAUGAGAACGCGGAAUCUCGGCUUGAGGUUGGCGGUUGA